AGAUACAAACAUAAAUGUUCAGAUGUAUUAACUGUGAGCAUCAAAGUGUUUGUUAAGAGUUACUUGUUUUAUGCUUUCAUCAAAAAGUACCUUGUUCUCACAGUCACUUGAAUAAAGGCGCGCAAUCUCUCUCCCUCUAUCACACGCACAGAAAGGGAGACACGCUAAGCAAAGUUGGUUCAAAUUAAACUGAUACGCUAGAUUUAAAUGGCAAAUUAACAUGCAUUUAUGACAUGUAUCCAUGUAUGACUACAGAGAGCAGUUCAAUAUGAAAACAAGCAAAUCCCGGGCAUUUAAGUUGAUUUAGAAAUCCCGGUCUGACUUUUUUAAAAUCCCGGUCGGGGGUAAUGACGUAUUGUCACUCUAAACAAGCAGAUAUAUACAGCUUUUCCUACCUUACCGCUGUGCUGCAUUGAUAGGCUGAACACCGGGGCAGGUGAAUACUCUGACAUCGCAAUCCAUGUAUAUCUUCUCCCUUGAAAUGAAUUUGAUCCAGAACGAGCAAAUUAAACUGUCACGGUCCCAUCUCUCUGUCAGUCUGAGUUUUGGUAUGCCGUGGCAUUAUCCGCCCAUGUCUGUAUCUGUGCGAGCAGGCGGCUUCUGUUAUAUUCCCUGCCGCGCAGUCUUCUGUCUGUUAUUGACGUGGGUGCAUGCACUCGCAUCAGUAAUCCUUGUCAGUGAAGCAUUUACAUGUUUCCAUUGAUCAUGAUAUAAAUAUUUGGGGGGGUAUUGUACCGUCUCCCAAUCCCCCCCGGAAUCUACGCCCUUGAUUGUCAGAAGAGGGGCAAAAUGCGACUGUUGUAUCUGGAGAUCAGAGAUGGUGAAACAGGGGCUUUUUCGCCUGUCAGUCAUUGGUUGAUGCUCUAUGACAGUUUUGGCAUACCAAGAUGGCCGCUCAAACACUUCCGGUGGCUUCACCUCCUGCUGGCUGUUUAACGUUAUUUCAGCGAUCCAGUUCUAUAUAAACUCAGCAAAAAAGAAACAUCCUCUCAUAUUCAACUGCUUUUAUUUUCAGCAAACUUAACAUGUGUAAAUAUUUGUAUGAACAUAAAAAGAUUCAACAACUAAGACAUAAACUGUACAAGUUUCACAGAAGUGUGUCUAACAGAAAUGGAAUAAUGUGUCCCUGAACAAAGGGGGGUCAAAAUCAAAAGUUACAGUCAGUAUCUGGUGUGGCCACCAGCUGCAUUAAGAACUGCAGUGCAUCUCCUCCUCAUGGACUGCACCAGAUUUGCCGAUUCUUGCUGUGAGAUGUUACCCCACUCUUCCACCAAGGCACUUGCAUGUUCCCGGACAUUUCUGGGGGGAACGGCCCUAGCCCUCACCCUCCGAUCCAACAGGUCCCAGACGUGCUCAGUGGGAUUGAGAUCCGGGCUCUUCGCUGGCCAUGGCAGAACACUGACAUCCCUGUCUUGCAGGAAAUCACAUACAGAACGAGCAGUAUGGCUGGUGGCAUUGUCAUGCUGGAGGGUCAUGUCAGGAUGAGCCUGCAGGAAGGGUACCACAUGAGGGAGGAGGAUGUCUUCCCUGUAAGGCACAGCGUUGAGACUGCCUGCAAUGACAACAAGCUCAGUCCGAUGAUGCUGUGACACACCGCCCCAGACCAUGACGGACCCUCCACCUCCAAAUCGAUCCCGCUCCAGAGUACAGGCCUCUGUGUAACGCUCAUUCUUUCGACGAUAAACACGAGUCCAACCAUCACCCCUGGUGAGACAAAACCGCGACUCGUCAGUGAAGGGCACUUUUUUGCCAGUCCUGUCUGGUCCAGCGAAGGUGGGUUUGUGCCCACAGGCGAUGUUGUUGCCGGUGAUAUCUGGUAAGGACCUGCCUUACAACAGGCCUGCAAGCCCUCAGUCCAGCCUCUCUCAGCCUAUUGUAGACAGUCUGAGCACUGAUGGAGGGAUUGUGCGUUCCUGGUGUAACUCGGGCAGUUGUUGUUGCCAUCCUAUACCUGUCCCGCAGGUGUGAUAUUCAGAUGUACCGAUCCUGUGCAGGUGUUGUUACACGUGGUCUGCCACUUCGAGGACGAUCAGCUGUCCUUCCUGUCUCCCUGUAGCGCUGUUUUAGGCGUCUCACAGUGCGGACAUUGCAAUUUAUUGCCCUGGCCACAUCUGCAGUCCUCAUACAUCCAUACAGCAUGCCUAAGGCACGUUCACGCAGAUGAGCAGGGACCCUGGCCAUCUUUCUUUUGGUGUUUUUCAGAGUCAGUAGAAAGAUCUCUUUAGUGUCCUAAGUUUUUAUAACUGUGACCUUAAUUGCCUACCGUCUGUAACCUGUUAGUGUCUUAAGGACUGUUCCACAGGUGCAUGUUCAUUAAUUGUUUAUGGUUCAUUGAACAAGCAUGGAAAACUCUUUAUAAUAAAGAUCUGUAAAGUAAUUUGGAUUUUAGCUAAAUUAUCUUUAAAAUACAGUGUCCUGAAAAAGGGACGUUUCUUUUUUUGCUGAGUUUAUAUGUGAGUGGUAUUAUCUAAAAUCAUUUCUGCAAAUCUAUUAUAAAGCCAUGUAACUCUGCCUCUUUUCGCUGCGACGACAAAAUAUAGAACAAAACCACGACGUGUCCAUAAUAACGAGUUCAACAUGAUAUCGGGCCCAUGUGUUUGUGACAAAGUUUCCUUUCACAUUGAGACAGAGACCGGCUCACGUGAUGCGAGUUUAUAAAAGAUAUAGGCUAAAAAAAGAACAGUUAAGUAAUCCUGUUGUCACGAGGAAAAAAACAGGUUUUUUAAAAAAUAAAAAUAAUGCAAAAUACGGUUUCAUAUUAUUAUUAUUAUUAUUAGAAAUAUUAAUAGCCGUUAAUAAUCACGCACCAGUGUUUGACGCAGUGCAAAAUGAGAGCGCUUUUAUCACGCUGUCUGUUGCUUUAAACAUCAAAAUAAAGAGUGUUUUUAAAAUCCGAAAAAAUGACGUUUCUUUCGGGAUUAACGUCCUUAAAAGUCUGAAAAUGCGUCUCCUCAACAUGUUAAACUUUUCUAUAACUUAAAGUUUUUCUGCUCAAAAAUUCUAACAUCGUCCAAACAGAAAUGUAUUAUAUUCCUUACAGUAAAAUUAAAUAUAUUAAUAGUUACAGACUGUGUUACGCUGUUUUGUACAACACCAACAUGUGUUAUGUUUUGGUGCCAAACAAUUUACACAAGCUGUCAUUCUGAAAAUCCAGUGGUAUGUUUCUUUAAAUGCAAAUUACAUCAGCUGCUCUGCCAUUGGAUAAAAAUGCACCUCCCGUCUACGCAAUCACUUUUGAUUGGUUGCUUUUUCUACGCCUUCAUAAUUACAUAAAUCCUCUGUCAACGUCACUUUCUUCCAGUCCAUACUUUUACUGUGGUCAUUUCUUCGAUAGUGGGGUAGAAAUGUCACUCCGCACAGCUGUUUAUCGACUCAGUACUCCCUUUAGGAGUGUUUUACAGUACUGUACUACAAAUACAAAAAGACCGUAUGCCGCGGUGAGCCAAGCGCUGUCUGUUCUGGAAAACGAGCUGGACAGUAUCCGUGCAGCGGGCACAUGGAAGGGGGAGAGAGUGAUCACGUCCAAACAGGGUCCUCAUAUCAACGUGGACUGCAGCAAAGGCGACAUAUUAAAUUUCUGUGCCAAUAACUACUUGGGUUUAUCCAGUCAUCCAGAGGUGGUGCAAGCGGGUAUAGAUGCCCUGCAGAAGUAUGGAGCUGGUCUUAGUUCAGUUCGCUUCAUCUGUGGCACACAGAGCCUACACAAGACCUUGGAGGAGAAACUUGCCCAGUUCCAUGAAAGAGAAGACUGUAUUCUGUACGCUAGCUGCUUUGAUGCCAAUGCUGGUCUGUUUGAGGUCCUGUUGGGUCCUGACGAUGCCGUGUUGUCUGAUGAACUAAACCACGCCUCCAUUAUCGACGGCAUACGAUUGUGUCGCGCCAAAAGGUUCCGCUACAAGCACAUGGACCUGAAUGACCUGGAAGAAAAGCUGAAAGAGUCUCGGUCGUCUCGUCUGAGAUUGGUGGUCACUGAUGGGGUGUUCUCCAUGGAUGGUGAUGUGGCUCCUCUUCAGGGUAUCUGUGACUUAGCUGAGCAGUACGGAGCAUUGGUCUUCAUUGAUGAGUGUCAUGCCACUGGCUUCAUGGGCCCCCGUGGCCGGUUCAGAAACAACAUGACCCAGGCAGGGUUCACCAUCUCUGGCACAGCUCAUCCAAUCUGUCCUGUAAUGCUGGGAGAUGCUCGUCUGGCUUCUUUUAUGGCUGAUGACAUGCUAAAACUGGGAGUUUAUGUAAUUGGAUUCUCUUACCCAGUUGUUCCCAAAGGAAAAGCCCGCAUUCGAGUCCAGAUCUCUGCAGCUCACACUGAUGAUGACAUUGAUCGUACCGUAGAUGCCUUCAUACAGACUGGCAGAAAGCAUGGUGUAAUUUCCUAAUAUAAGAGAGAGAACAGGGUGAACUGUGACUGAAUGACAAGGGAGCAGUUGAUGAAUGAGCUGUUAGAGUGAGGCUUAAGUUACAUAUCAUAGCAAAAAAAAUAAAAAAUGCUUAUAUUGCUGCUGAGAACAAUGAAGGUCAAAGGAUAUCUGUAUAUUUUCAGCAUUAACAGAAUAAAUGCUUUUGUUUAUGAUUCAUA